GCACAGGUGAUGCAGCAGAGCGCGCCACCGUAAUGUCCCCACCACGUUAUAUGGGAGUUAUAGGGCCCUGCACGUGAGUGUCAAUCAGUUUUGUCCCAUUGAAAUGUAGUGACUUAUAACAUCAAUUCAGACGCGAUUAUCCAAUCGGAUACACAAUCAUUAUAGCCACUACAUUUAAAUCGGCCAUUAUCUGUAAUGUUGGGUGGGUGGGGCUAAUAAGAAAAUAACUCAUUCAAUUACUCCCGGAGAGUACGUGGGGUACUUCUAGGUUGUUCUUGUGAUCAAUUUUGGUACUGAGAAAGUUGAUUCUGUUUUUACUGCCGUUAACCGAUGUGCAUGAUUGUUUAUAAGAAAUAACUUGCCUUCUCUCAUGAUCUCCUCUUAAUGGAAACAAUGAUGUCAGCGAUGUCAUGGAAAACUCAAGCUAAAGAACGUCAACAGGAAGUUUGUGAAUUGGUAAUAGACUAUGAUUGGGAAUUAUACAAGAAGUCUGAAAGAGAAUUUUUGGAGAGAAAAGUGAAAUAUAUAUUAUUUGGCCCUAUUGAAAAUGCACUUGACCCAGAAACAAAAUUAAUUAUUCAAAAAAUUUGUGCAAAAAUAUUAGAAGAAGGUAAUCGUGGUCAAUGCUCUAAAGAUGAAACUUGCAUGGCUUUUGUGUAUGUGUUUUGGACUGAGAAAGAGGAAGAAUUGAAAUCAUGGCCUGUGUUUAAAGUACCAAAUGAUAAAAGUGGUGUUGACUCAUCAUUUAUUGAUAUUAAUGCUCGAGUGUACAGUAGUUGGACAGACUUUCUUGAAAACAACCAGUUCCCUCCAUGUGAAUAUUGUUAUCCAUUGGGUGGCAGGUACACCACAGACAGCGAGGGUACAGUUGUCAUUGAGUUUGGGAAGUCUCCUGCAACUAGGUUGUCAAAAAGUGUAAUACAAUGUUUAGAUUAUGCUAAUGCAGGUUUGGCAGUUGGUACCACUGCAAUUGCUGCAGCUUCACUUUUUGUUCCAGUAGCAGGCCCUCUGCUCCAAGCAUCUCUCUGGCUUACUAGAGGAAUCUGUGCUUAUACUACUAUGCGUUCAGGGUCAACUUUGAUUGACAGAGGAACCCACAAACAAAGUUUAGGUUUGCAUGAUGGGGAGUCACGUAACUGUUGGCUGUCAAUUGGUGGGAGUGUUAUGGGAGUAGCUUCGAGUUCAGCUACAACUGUCACUGCUAAAAUGGCUCAAUCCGGUAAAGUGAUGGGUAGGUUUGGUUGUGCCACUGUAACAGCAUUAAAUGUAGGUAAUGUUGCAGUGAAUGGUUUAGGUCUUUUGAACAGCUUUCACUUACUUAUUGAUAAAUUGAAUAAAGAUCAGCUUACAAGUCUGGACGUGUUUCAGUUUUCAGCAUCUCUCUUACUUUUUGCUCAUGCUGCAGUUAACGUUCAGACUGCGAAAUCGAUUAUUGAAAACACCCAAAAUGGUGUUCUUCAAGAAUUUGAAAAUAACUUAAGAAGUAAUAGGCACAGAAAAAUGUUUCGUAAGGUUGCAAGAAAUACUAAAUAUGAGAAAAAUACUAUAGAAGGAAAUGCUCAAGUAAUUAGGUCAUUGAAACAUAUAAAUAAUGUUGAUGACUUUUUCUCAGCAUUAGUGAGAAUGGACAAACAAUUUCGUCCCACUCAAAGUAGAGCAACAUUCACUGAGGGAGGCAUAAUUACAGUCAAUGAAAAUUUGUCUAUUGAUCCUAUCCAACUUGUGCAGGCUACACCAGAUCAAAGAGUACAGAUACUUGAAGCUACAAAGAAAUAUGCUGGUAAUCAGAUAUCUGAGGCAGAAUUUAAAUCAAUGACCGAAUCAAUCAUUGGAAAGUCACCAACAGCAUUUGUUCAGCAAGACUCUCAGCUACUAAAGAUAGCAUCAUUGAAAGAGUUGCUUGGUCUUGAAAAUACAAGAGGCAAAUCUGUUCAAAAGAUUGGAUCAAAGUUCUCUUACCCUCUUCUUAAUGCCUAUGAAAGAAUGGAGUUGAUGACCAUGUUAAAAAAGUUUGCUGAAUCGGAUCAUGAACGAAUAUUGCAAAUAGCUAGCACACUGCUAAAGGCUUUAGGAUGGACUUCAGGACUUCAGUAUGUUGAAGUGGCUUACUUUGUUUGUGGAUUGAUCAGAAGUAUUGCAAGUAAUAACAAAGUAGGUAAAGAUGCAGAGAUUUCUGAAUCUCUUGUGGAAGAAUUUCGUAAAGAUUAUUUUGCAGAAUCUUCAGAUGAAAUGGUUGAAAAAAACACUGAGCUAAAAUACACAGAACAACACCCACUUGUAAUUAAUAGGUCUUUCUGGGUUAAAGGUGAACUGAAUUUACUUUCUGAAGAAGAAAUUUUGGAUGUGUGUCGGCAGAGUUUAUGUACAGAGCUGUGGCCAACUGACUGCAAUAUUGACCAUGAUGGUUCUAAUAUAUUUGUUAACAUUGAUGAAAAGCUCGUAGUUAUACAAUGCAAUUUUGAAGAAGACAAGCUCUCUGCUUAUAUUGCUGUAGCUGCUUCUCUAUAG